GGAGGUUUGCUUCCUUCCAGCCCUGUCAGGGUCUUCGGAAUCGAGGCAUCAGCGACGAUCAGCAACCAUGGAAAGGCCUCAAGUCACAAAUGGCCCCGUGCGCAUCGCCAUUAUCGGCGGCGGCAUAGCAGGCCUGACUUUACUUCUUGCCCUCCUGAAGCAUACCUCUCGUGAGGUCCUCAUUCCUCACCUUUACGAGGCCGCUCCAGCCUUCGCGGAAAUUGGCGCGGGAAUUGCGUUCGGCUCGAACUCCCUUCGCGCCAUGUCGCUCAUCGACCCCGAGAUGACGGCCACCUAUAACAAACACGCGACCUUUCAAGCCGACAAGGGGGCACGAGAACGAAAGCUCUGGUCCAGCUAUCGGAUGGGGAUGGACGGAAAGCAGCGCCCGACCAAUGCGCUCAAAGCCGGGGACCAUAUCCACGAAACCCGGGCCUCGGUCGCCCGAAGCAGUGUUCAUCGCGCGCGGUUCCUAGAGGGCAUGACUGAGUUGCUCCCGGACCGCGGCCAGGAGAAGUACGUUAGCUUUGGAAAGAGACUUCUCUCCCUCGACGAGAAUUCCGACGCGAGUGUGACGGCGCACUUUGCGGGCGGCACCUCUACGACCGUCGAUGCGGUCAUCGGAUGCGAUGGGAUCAAGUCCCGCGUGCGGCAGAUUCUCCUUCAUGGUGAGGCUGAGGCUGAUCCUGUCUUCACGGGCAAGUAUGCUUACCGUGGUUUGGUUCCAAUGGAGGAGGCAGUCGCGGCUCUGGGCGAGUACACGGCGCGGAACAAUCAUUUUCAUUGGGGGUAUGAUGGACAUGUGUUGACAUUCCCCAUUGAAAAAGGGCAGACAAUGAAUGUCGUGGCGUUUCGCACCAAGGAGAACGACAUCUGGGAGCACGGAUCUCAGUGGGUGCUGCCAGGCAACAAAGAGCAAAUGCUGCAGGACUUUGCCGGCUGGGGUAAGGAUGUGCAGACCAUUCUGUCGCUCAUGAAAUGCUCGGACAUCUGGGCUAUGUUUGACCACCCCCCAGCGCACACUUAUCAUAAAGGUGGACAAAUAUGUAUCAUCGGGGAUGCGGCUCAUGCCAGCACUCCACAUCAGGGUGCUGGGGCGGGUAUGGCGAUUGAAGAUGUCUUUAUUCUGUCGCGACUAUUGAAGGAAGUUCAUCAUCGUGAACAGCUGUGCCAUGCCUUCGCCGCCUACGAUGCCGUUCGACGGCCACGAACCCAGAAAUUGGUACGCAGCAGUCGUGAUGCAGGCUUGCUGUACGAGUGCCAAAAACCAGGAGUGCAAGAUGACAUCGGAAAAAUCCGGCAAGAUUUGGACGAGCGAAUGCGUUGGAUUUGGGACUUGGAUCUUGAUGCUCAUCUAGCUGAGGCGUUGGCUUUCUUUCGCAAAAAAGCUGUAUUCGUGACCUUGAAGGAUUCAGUUGUGGUUUCGGUCUGUUAGCUAGUUUUGUCUAGGCCUAGGUGUCCAUCUCGACCUUACUUACAGAGGCAAGAUAGGCGAAUUUCUCAUUGCUGCUGGUAGAUAUGCAAAGUCAAAAAGAAUGGAAUCGUUCUUUGCAGCACUUGCAGCGUGGCUUAAAUCGAUAAGGAAUCUUGAAAAAAUUACGAUCUUUGCUGGACCAACAGCGUUUGACUUGUUA